ACUACAGUCAUCCGUAAAGAUCACGCACUACCUACAACUACAAGACUGCAAAGUCUGCAAUACUGUUGAAGUAGCAGUAUGACUGUCACAACGCACAACUGCUCAGUUCGGGCCGGAAGAUCAUACUUUUAGUUGACGUCUAGUACCAUCUGCGUCUGGUUGUCGACAUAGGGGAAAUGGCUAGCUCGGUAGGUGCUGACUUGUACAAACAACUCUCUCCCGACGAUGUGGACGUGGAACAAGAAUUUUGGUACCACACGGUUCUGGCACUGGCUCGCUACGGGUUCAUUAGCGACGGCUUGGCGCAGUAUGUCAGCGAUGUGUUGAGCAAUAACCGAGAAGCCAGAAGACAGGCCGGUGAACAGUCCUCCCGGCCCGCAACUCCAUCGGAUGCAUCGCUGUUCGUGGCCAUCAUGGAGCACUACCGGCCAUAUGCCAUUACACCGUUCCCCACUUCUUCUCCACCUGCCAGUGUGAUGGGUCACGUUGAGAGGCGUUCAACCUGAGUUAGCACUUGACUGAGGACUGACCGGCAAUGCAUGUAUGCGCUACAAGCUAGCCCGAGCAUCUGCACUCGUUUCUGCACAACCAGAAAUAUGUGCCUGUAAAAGAGACUCAGACGUGUGUGGAAGGUAUUUAAUCUGGCCCACUCCGUUGCGUUGGCUAAGCGCUUCAUGUCUUGCUGCACCUGAGUUGUCAAUUUGAACUUCAACGACUGUCAUGCAGUCGAUUUCUCCCUCUACCUUAUGCUGCAUCCUCUGCCUUAUGAUGCAUAUCCAUAGCACACAGUUACGUGGGCAUGCAUAGCGACCCACAACAGUCAGGUACAUAGCCGCAUCUCGUUGAAGUAUAAGGCAGGCUGCAGCAGUAUCAGGCCGACCUACACGUGUCCGAGUGGUUAUUAUUAUUAUUAUUUAGAUUUUGAAUAGGGCAAUCCCCACAGGCCUAAGGCCUUUUUACAGGGUUGCAUGUGGAGCAGAUAUAGUUAUAGUGAUAGAUAUAGUUAUAGUUUAAAAUAUAGUGUAGUUCUAAGUUCGUGUAAUUCUCAAGUAUUUUAAAAAAACUAUAAUAAUUAUGCCGGAUGCCAUGCAGUGCCAGUGGUGGCAACAACUGACUUACUCGUGUACAUAGAAUCUGAGGACCUUAGUUGGACAACUGUGUAGAAUCUGAAGUGAUUGUACGAACAUGCAUGCUCUGCUCCUAAACUUCUCAUUCAUGCCUGCUCCGCGCUAGCUGGGGAUAACUUCAAAAACAAUUUUAAACAGCAUACGCGUGCGGCUGUGUCACAGUUUGAUCAUUUUCAAACCGUAUUUCAGGUCUCUUUUCUGGCCAAGGAUCAUUGAAUUCACAAACCUUAGCUAAUUGACUAAUUCAGUGUAUGGUUUCAAUGUUUACAUCG